AAAAUGGAUGAAGACAUUGCAGUCAUUGGCAUUGGAUGUAAUUUCCCAGGAGGUGAAAGUGUUGAACAUUUCUGGAAAGUUCUUGUGGAGGGAAGGAACUGCGUCGUGGACAUCCCAGAUAAGAGAUUUAAGAAGUCAGAUUGGUUUCAUCCUGAUGAGAGCAAACCAGGAAAAACACAAACAACCAAAGCUGCUCUCAUCGAAGGAUUCAAUGAAUUUGAUCACAAGUUCUUCGGCAUCAAUGAGGCUGAAGCGAAUUACAUGGACCCUCAGCAAAAACUGUUGCUGCAGUGUGCGUACCGAGCUUUAGAGGACGCUGGGAUGCCCUUGGAAAAAGUGAGCGGAACCAGAACAGGAGUUUACAUUGGACUUAUGAACAGGGAUUAUGAGACGCUUUUGAACAACAGUCCUAGCACUAUAACCCACUACAAUGGUACAGGAACAGCCAUGAGUAUCGCUGCCAACAGAAUCUCUUACAAUUUCAACCUGACCGGACCCUCUUUUGCUAUUGACAGUGCAUGUUCUUCGUCCCUAGUGGCUCUUCAUUCGGCAUGUCAAGCCAUCAGACAAGGAGACUGUGAGAUGGCUUUGUGUGGAGGAGUGAGCUGCAUCCUUGAGCCUCGAGUCUUCGUGGCCCUCAGCAAAGCGAAGAUGAUCUCACCUGAUGGCACGAGCAAACCAUUUUGCCGCACAGCAGACGGCUAUGGCAGAGGGGAGGGAUGUGGUAUAGUCCUACUAAAGCCUUUGAAAAAGGCACUUGAGGAUUUAGAUCACAUCUGGGGCAUUGUCAGCAAGACUGCAGUUAACCAAGAUGGCCACACUGUUACACCAAUCACCAAACCCUCGAUGAGCCAGCAGGAGGCUCUACUGAGCAUGAUCUACUCUUCUGAGAAUUACCUUGCAAAUGUCCAAUACAUAGAAGCUCAUGGAACCGGAACCCCAGUAGGAGAUCCAGUUGAAGCCACAAGUAUCUCAAACAUCAUUGCCAAAGCAAGACCUUUAAGCUCAGGGCCUGUUUGUAUUGGCUCCGUCAAGAGUAACAUUGGGCAUACAGAAUCUGCAGCUGGCGUGGCAGGACUCAUAAAGAUUCUGUUGAUGAUGAAGCAUGAAACCAUCGUCCCCUCUGUAUUCUACUCACCCGACAAUUCCAGCAUAGACACUAAUGCUCUCAACCUUAAAAUCCCCACCAGAUCGGAGAAAUGGCCUUAUAGUGGCUCCAGGAUAAGGAUGGCUGGUUUAAACAGUUUUGGGUUUGGUGGCACUAAUGCUCACGCUAUUAUCCAAGAGUAUGUGACUUCGACAGUCUCUGACAUCAACACUUUUCAGCCUCUAAAACUGUUUCCGUUGUCUGCAGCUACGGAAAAAUCUCUUCAAAUGUGCAUAGAUGACACUUACCAGAGGAUUUCUGUUGAUGACACAGUUGAUCUACAAGCUCUCGCUUAUACAACCGCUUGCAGAAGAAGCCACAAGAGACACAAAUUUAGGAAGGUUUUUGCUGCAACGUCGCUGUCAGAGUUAAAAGCUUUACUCGGAUCCAUCAGGAACAAGAAUUUAGUGCAAACAAAGCAAGACCUGAAGUUAGCAUUUGUAUUUUGCGGGAAUGGUGUUACCUACAGAGGAAUGUGUACGCAGCUACUGAAAGAGGAACCUAUCUUUAGGGACAAAGUCAAAGAAGUGGAAAACCAUUUUAAGAAGUUCAGAUGCACUAGUAUUUUGCAAAAAAUCGCAAAAAACUACGACAACGAAGAUUUCUCAAAACCAGAUGUCGUCCAGCCGCUUCUUUUUGCAAUCCAGGUUGCCACUGUUCACCUUUUUAAGCACUGGGGCAUCAAACCAGAUGUUGUUGUUGGACACUCUGUGGGAGAAGUUGCCGCAGCCCAUUGCUCUGGUCUGCUUUCUCUUCAGGAUGCAGUGAAGAUAAUCUACUAUCGCAGCGCUCUGCAGAGCAAAGUGACGGGUGGAAAGAUGCUUGUCAUUGGUAACCUAGCCACCACAGACGUUGUGAAAAUUCUGCCUGCGUAUACAGGGAAGAUUUGUCUUGCGGCUGUGAACAGUCCUAUGUCAUGUGUUCUGUCUGGUGACAAAGAAGCUGUCGACCACAUGCACCAAAAGCUUCAGUCUUCAUUUAAGAGCAAGAACUUAUUCCUUCAUGUCUUGGAUGUUCCUGCUGCCUACCAUAGUCAUAUGAUGGAUCCUAUACUUGGCCAGAUCAAAGACAGUAUUGGAUAUUUGACCCCAAAUAAAAUGGAGUGUGAGAUGGUUUCCACAGUAACAGGAGAGAUGUGUCAUCAAGGGGACUUUGUAACAGGUGAAUACUGGGCGAGAAACAUCCGAAAGCCAGUUGCAUUUGAAAAAGCGAUUAAAUCAGUUUCCAAAAACAAGACGAACACAGUCUUCGUGGAAAUCGGUCCAAGACGGGCUCUCCAGAGGAACAUCAUGGAGAUCCUGGGUAAUGACACUACAGUUCUUCCUUCUGUGCAGCCAGAUAAAGAUCACGAGACAAUGCUCUGUGCUGUAUCAAAACUGUUUGAGCUGGGAAGCGAUGUGAACUGGAACCAGUUCUACAGAGGGUUUGAAACACAUCCCAUUCAUUUCCCAAGAUACCAAUUUGAGUGUCAAAAGAAUGAGGUGUAUUUUGAGGACGUAAGAAGGGGUAGUGAGACAAUCUCAAACUGUCCACAUCCACUGAUAAGACCAAGCAAACAUGACAGCAAAGUGGUCAAGUGCAACCUGUCAGCAGGUACCACCUCCUACCUUUGGGAACACAAAAGUAAUGGUAUAGCAAUCGCCCCAGGUGCGUUAUAUGUUGAACUGGCUUUUGCAUCUGUAAUGGAAACUGUUGUCCCAAAAGUGCCUUUGUCCUCAAUACAGAUCUCCAUCAAUUUUCAAAGUUUGUUCAUUCUAACCAAGAACUGUCCUCCUCUUACCUUAAUGCUUGAGACAGCCACAGACAAAACCUCAUUUCAGAUACAGUCCACUAACACUGUGCAUGCAUCAGGUAGUAUUAUCCACGUAGGGGGGCCAGCCAUCAUAGAACAGCGAACCAUUGACCUUAACACAGUGUUAAAGAGAUGCCCAUCUAUAAUUAAAAGCAGUGAUGUAUACAACACUCUCAAUGAAGUAGGAUUCGAGUAUGGACCUACUUUCAGACAGCUUGGUGAUGUUCAUUAUGGGCACGAAUUCAAGGAGGCAGUCACCAGCAUUAGGAUUCCAGAGGAAUUACUCAACCAUCUCUAUGAAUACUGCUUGCACCCUGUGGUCUUGGAUUGCUUUUUGCAAAUGUCCUCAGUUUUAACAUCAGCCUCUAGCACUAGCCGACCUGGAUUUCCUUCUGCAAUUGGUAGUAUGGUUAUAUCUGCACCUCCAAAUAAAGAGAUGUUUAUUUAUGUGAGACAGACCAAAGACACGUCAGACUACUUUGAGGUUUGCGGUUGUUUCACUGACAAAGAUGGACACGUGUUGAUCGAACUAAAAGACGCCAGAAUUAAUUUUCUGGAAAAGCAAGCGCAUAUCAGGAAAUCGUGUUUCUUUCAUAACCAAAGGAUAGCAAUUGACGCUGAGGGUGGUUAUUCCACUAAAAUCAAGACUUUGGUUUUUGAGGACACUUUGGGGAUAGCCAAAGGUUUGAGGAAAUGCUUGCACCCAAAAUCAGUAUUUGUCCCUCCACCUGAUUUAACAGAAAGCUCAGUCUUAGAAGUACCCAACUUGCAGUCUCUUUUGAGUACAGCAGACCCUGAUCUAAAUGAGAUCCUGUUUAUGUGGGCCAUUCAGAGUCAGAACUUCAAGACACAGGCCAUUCUAGAGAACUUGUCAGAUAACUGUGAGCUUUACCGUCAGGUUGUUUUGUCUUUGAGAAGUUUCAGACAUGUUUGCUCCAUCCGUGUCAUAACAUACAGAUGUGCAGAAGGGACAGUUGAUGAUAUAAAUCCAGGCUUUGUGUUUUCAGGCAUGACAAGAGCAUGUGCUACUGAGCUUUCAGACGUUUCUUUCCAGUUAAUUGAUCUGUCAUCAGCGUCAAGAGAAGACAUUGAUGCGUUAGCUCAUGUACUUAACUCAAACAAAAGCAACGAGUGCCCAGAGGUCUUCAUUAACAAAGGGAAGGUGUACACCAGUAUGAUAACACAAACUCCCAUCUCCGCAGUUCAGAGAGCAGAGGUCGAAUCAAAACCUUUAUGGUUCCAGGACUUUACUUUGCAAACCGCCGAACCUUACAAAGUAACAGGCUUGUCCGCUUUGCCUUUAGACAGUUCAGUUGGAGCUAUCGAGAGAAGGUGCAUUGAGGUUCGGCUCCACAAAAUAUGUGUGCAUUCAUCUGACUAUUUUCCAGUUAGUACCUCAGAACUAAACUUUGGUAGGACAAUGUACUGGAACAAGCACACAAGUCAUAACCACAGUCUCCUGGCACUUGAUUUCAGCGGAACGGUUACUGCUGUCGGAAAGGACGUCAGCAAACUUAAAGUUGGAGAUCAUGUCAUCUGUUGUUACCCCAUGAAAGCUACUUCCAAAGUUGUCCUCCCAGAAGCUGUUUGUUUUAAGAUAAAAAGGCUACCUUUUCUGAAAGACGUUCCAUGUGUCUCAUACUUAGUCUUAAUCUGGGAGAUUAUGCACUGUUCAAUACUCAAGAUCAAGCAACCGAAAAGGUUGUGCGUCUUGUCCACUGUUCAUGACUCAGCUCUGGUCAAGAUAUUGAAACUCAUAGCAAAUAAAUCAGGCUGGAGUGUUGAGGCUGAAUUAGCCCAAAAUGCAAAGAAGUGUAAUCUUUUGGUCCUUCUCCCCCCAUACGAUCACUCACAUUUGACAGAGAUCUCCAGAGUUUACAAUGCCGAUAGCAUUGUAGUAGUUUGUGACCACAGGCAGCCACGGUGCUCUUCAUUGGAUGUAAUUCAGAACAGUGAGACAACUUGCAUACAGACUCUUGAGAUGUCUAAAAUCUUCCAGAAGUCACGUCUUAAGGCACACGGAGCUCUUAUACAGAAAUGGUUAAAGGGAAUGCAUUUGCAUAAGGUAUGGCCAUCAAUACAAAACAGCACUUUUCAGAGAGUAUCCUCUGAAAAUAUGUCUACACAGCAUUCUGAGUCAUACUUCGAUGCAAAAACUCUGAACUUGCUAACUUUGGGUGGUGAUGAUUCUACAAGCAAGAUGUCAGCCAUCCCUUUGCUUCCAAGAAUCAAGCAGAUGUUUUCAAAAGGAGGCGUGUAUGUAGUUUCAGGCGGUCUCUCUGGUUUGGGUUUCGAAACGGUUAAGUUUAUUGCCCACAGGGGUGGAGGAUGUAUAGUCACACUCUCACGGAGCACACCGUCUGAAAAGAUACGUGAGGACAUAAGUGCUCUCCAGAGAAGGUACGGGGUAAGAAUUCUCAAUCUUCAAUGUGAUGUUUCUGUAUCAGACCAGGUUACAAAAGCCAUCCCAGUGAUUGGACAACAUUUCUCCUCGUGUCCAAUCAGAGGGGUGUUUCACAGCGCUGCUGUGCUUCAUGAUGGGUUACUAGAAACACUCGAUCGGUCUCUUUUUCACAAAGUCCUGCAACCCAAAGUCUGUGGUGCGAUAAACCUUCACCAUGCAACUCUACACAGCUCAACACUUGAUUAUUUUGUGUGCUAUUCCUCAAUCUCCUCAUUCAUUGGAAAUGCUGCACAAGCUAAUUACGCUGCUGCUAAUUCUUUCCUGGAUACUUUUUGUCACUACCGACGUAACGUCGGACUUGCAGGACAGUCCAUAAAUUGGGGUCCCCUUAGACUGGGGCUGCUUGAGAACAAAGACCAUUUUCAACAAUUCCUGGAAACAAAAGGACUGAUAACCAUGAGUGUUUCAGAGAUCCAUGAUGCACUCGAGCAAUGCCUGAUAGCCAACAAUAUCCAGCAGGUGAUCUGCAAAUUCAAUUUCAGGAAUCUGAAGAACCACGUCCUUUCCCAGAAUGCAUCUCUAAAGUUUCGUCUGUCAGCUUUAGUUGAGGAAGGACUGAAAAGUGAGAUUGUUGAGAGUUUCAGGGUAGAUGUUUGCUCAUCUGUGGUUGACUCUGUUCGAAGAAUUCUGACUGAAAUCUGUGGCGUUGAUGCUGAUGAUAUUGGUGAUGAAACUGCCCUUGUGACACUAGGAAUGGACUCAAUGUUAGCCAUGACGAUGCAAAAUCGUUUGUUUCAGGAGACAGGAGUGAAUAUUCCACUUGUUGCUAUUCUUGAUCCAAACAGUACACUGUCCUCACUGACUACACUCAUAAAACAGAGUAAUGUUGAAGAUUGUGAUGUAGAUGUGCUCCUGUAA